AUGGUGACUCAGAAAUCCACAGAAGUUGAGGCAACAUCUCUGCGGGGGAUUUUCAAAAUUGCUGCAAGAACAUUCUGGAAGCAUAUGGGAGACCGAGAAGUGGACCUGGUGUUCGAGCAGCUGCAGACGGUGGUACUGACCCUGAAGCAGAAGAUCAAGGAUGGGACAGCAACUGAGGAAGAGUGCUUCCAAGCUGUGACACUUAUCACCCAGGCAGGCUUGAAGACCCUCCUGCUGCCCCUGCUAAAUGGUAUGAAUCAAUUAAUUUCUCUACUCCCGGGGUGCUUCUUUAGUCCUACACUGAUAAACGGUGCUGAGAAAAAUACCCAGAAACGUGAACGUGCUGAACCUUCUCCAUUAGCUGGAACAACGGGAAGCUCAGGAGAUAGUUUUUCUCUAGCAGCGAGAAAGGAGGUGGCAUCUCCAAGAGUUACAGAAGAUCCGGCCAGAGGAGCGGAAGUGCCUUCAAGGCUCCCAUACCAGCUUCACACCUGCUCCCAUGACUGUCUUGUCCCAAGGCCCUGGAGCUCCUACAAAGGUGGGAAUCCCCUGAACCUGCCCAUGUUGUGUGGCUUCCAAAGGAGGCACGCCAAAGCAGACCUGCACUCCAAGACGCUGGACGUAGCCUACAAAGCCCCUUGCGGGAGGAGCCUGAGGGAUUUCAAAGAGGUCCAGGAUUACUUGCUCCAGACGAAAUGCGGCUUUUUGUUUCUGGAUCACUUUUCUUUCAACACUUACGUCCAGGUGUUCAGGCGCUACCCUGGCCGGAAAGGAUUUGUGUUCGAUCACGAUGUCAGCAAAGGAGCAGAAAUGACGCCCAUUUCCUUCUGCAAUGAGGUCGACCACGAGCGGCUGCCUUACUUUAAGUACCGCAAGACCUCUUGGCCCCGUGCACUCUUCCUGAACAAUCUCUCUAGCGCGUUUCUUGCCUCAUGCAGUUGCACAGAUGGCUGCAGGGAUGCGACAAAAUGCGCCUGCCGGAUUCUGACUCAGAAGAACUGUAGGGAAACUUCCUCCUCUCCAGAAAAUGAAUCCUCAUGUGGAUACAAGCACAAGAGGCUGGAUUGGCCCAUUUCUAGUGGAAUUUACGAAUGCAACUUGUCCUGCAGCUGUAACAAGAUGAUGUGCCAGAACAGAGUAGUCCAGCACGGCCUUCAGGUUCGGUUGCAGGUCUUCAACACAGGGAAGAAGGGCUGGGGAGUUCGUUGCCUUGACGACAUCGACAGAGGAACAUUCGUUUGUACAUAUGCAGGCAAACUGAUGAGCAGAGCUGAACCUAAGCAGGCUGAAGUUGGGAAUCGUGAAGCCAAAGUGGAAGACCCGGAGAACAGUGACAGAAGCCAUGCCCUGUCCUCAAAGAAGAGAAAGGUGGAUUCGGUCUGUUCUGACUCAGAGAUCGAAUUUGUCCAGACUAGUAAAGGCAGUGGCAGUGGGAAGCACGAAUCUUCGCCAGUGGAAGCUGAAAGUCAAUCUAAUGUAAUUCAGACUUCGAACGACGGGAAUUGGAGCAAUGAAGAUAUAAAAAGACCUCAAACCCAAACGCCCAUUCUUCAGAGUCGCCGGAGAAAACUGGGAAUCGCUGAUGCCAUUUCUUCUGAAGACGAGGGUGCUGGGUGCCACAGUUCAGCAAGAAGACGACUGAUCGUGGGAACCAAGAGAGGGAGCAAACAACCAACCAUACAAGGAGAGUUCAGGGAACAAGCAACCGCCAGACCUUUGGAAACCAAGGCAGACCAGCCUAGCAAGAGCCCUUUAUCCAAUCUCAGUUUGGCUUGUAAGCCAGUUGGGCGGGAGGAAGGAAACAUUCAAAAGCAGCCCAUGUCCGUCUCCGGGAUGGACACUGCAUCCAAAAGGGAAAACAGGAGCAGCGGACAAGAGCUUGCUCUGAAGCAGGAGACUUGCCUGAAGCAGUUUGACAGAGAGGAUCUCUGUUUGCUGGAUGCAACCAGGGAAGGCAACGUGGGCCGGUUUCUCAAUCAUAGCUGCUGCCCUAAUCUCUUUGUGCAAAGUGUGUUUGUUGAGACCCACAACAGGAAUUUCCCCUGGGUCGCAUUCUUCACAAACAGGCAUAUAAAAGCUGGAACCGAGCUCAUGUGGGACUACGGUUACUUACCCGGAAGUAUGCCGGAGACAGAGAUCCCCUGCCAGUGCGGGUCUCAUAAGUGCAGAAAGAAAAUCCUCUAG